CGGGCCUGUGCAUACUCAGCUGGAAAAAGGCAUGACCGGCUCGGCGGAGUUGACUGAGCCUAAAGCGGGACAUUAAGUCUUCAUUGCUGCCCUGUUUCCGGUGACCAGAAUGGGCAUGAUUUUCUGAAUAGAACAGGGAGUAAAGCCAUAGAAUCCUGAAAAGAGAGAUGUGGACAGGAGUUUCCAUUCAGGAGCUAGAGAAGAAAGAAGAGGAAAUUGCAAUGGGAGAAGGACUUCCAGAAAAGGGAUCUGAUUGGAUAUUCUCUGGGCCCCAUCCUGGGAAUGAGGAAUCUUACAUGUUGCCUUCAAAUGGGUUAGCCAAAGUCUCUUCCCAAAGUCCUGAGGCUAAGAAACCACAAGGGAUUCCCUUGGAUCAAACUGAUGGAGUUACUGUGGAGAAGAGAUGGAACCAAACUACUUCUUGGGAAAAGCAAUUGAAACCUUUCCUCUUCAGCCCCUUUCCACAAGUAUCCAUUCCCCAGGGAACUCCCUAUCAUUGUGCUGACUGUGGGAAAAGCUUUUGUCUAAAGUCCAACCUUCUGACCCACCAACAGUCACACACUGGAAGGCAACUAUAUCAAUGUCCUCAGUGUGGGGACAACUUUGGGGACUAUAUUACCCUGUCCACCCAUCAGAAGGACCACAGACGGGAAAGGUUCCACACCUGCCCAGAGUGUGGAAAAUGCUUCAGUGAUGCUACCAAUCUCAACACUCACCUUAGGGUUCACACAGGGGAGAAGCCCUAUCAGUGCCCUGCAUGUGGGAAAAGCUUUAGUCAGAGCUCUGGUCUCAUCCGGCACCAGAGAACCCACACUGGUGAAAAACCUUAUAUAUGUCCUGAGUGUGGCAAAGGGUUCCGGCAGAGCUCAGAUCUCGUGGAACACCAUCGUACUCAUACUGGUGAGAAGCCUUACAACUGUGGAGACUGUGGCCAGAGCUUUGCCCGGCCCUCUAAUCUGGUCCAUCACCAGCGUACCCAUGCUUCUGAGAGAGUUUUCUGUUGUCUAGAAUGUGGAAAGAGCUUCCAGCACAGCACCAGCCUGAAUCGCCACCGGAAGACUCAUACUGGGGAAAAACCCUACAGAUGUCCUGAAUGUGGGGACAAUUUCAGCCAGAGUUCCAACCUCCUGACCCAUCAAAGGAGUCAUACACUAGAGAAACCAUACAAAUGCCCAGACUGUGGAAGGAGUUUCAACCGGGCAUCUAACCUCCUCCAGCACCAACAGACCCACAGUCCAGACAGACCCUACAAAUGCCCAGACUGUGAGAAGGCCUUUAGCCGAAGCUCCAACCUCAUCACCCAUCAGGGUACCCACACGGGAGAGAAACCAUAUAAAUGCUUGCAGUGUGGGAAAGGCUUCAGAUCUGGUUCCAACCUGAUUCAGCAUCAGGAAACCCACAUGGGAGGCAAAUCCUAAAAAAAGACCUAGGAAGAAAUGGGCAGCAGCAGGGAAGGGGAUAAAGUGAAAUAAUGUUUGUGCUGCCAAAGAAAAUCUAAAUUGUGUUAAAUGAGCCAGCAGUGAAAGUGGGAGAACCAUUACUGAAGGGAGGAAGAUAGACCUGAGAACUUGGGAGAACCCAAAUGAUUGGCUGACAGGAACUUCAAGAGGUUUUGGCAGAAGAUGUAAAAAUAAUGCCCUAUUUCCAUAUUCUUUUCUCCCCUCUAUUUUAUUCCCAUUCUAUUAUCUGGAAGACCCUAUUGGGCAGUUUCCUUUGUGUGAGAAUGAAAUUACAGGACAUAGAGCAGUGCUGCCACUCACCUGUAUCAGUACAAUGAGGAUGGGAGGGAUAGAGCACUGUAGGGAGCAGUAGGGACCAGGUGGCAACGGAGCUGCUUCCUUUAAAACAAAAAACCUCCAUCAAGGAGGAUGGAUUAUAACCCAAGAUAUCAUGGGCUGGGGCAUGGGGGUGGGGGCCUCAACAUAGACCCUUUAACUUCUAAAAGAGGUUGUUUUAUACACUGAUAACAGUCUAACCUGGGGGAAGCAGCUUCUGACUAGAGGCAGAAGAACUAUUCUUUAUCUUCCUACAAAGGAAAACAUCACCCAGUCCUUACCAGCAAGCUAGGGUGUGAACUGAACCAAAGAAAAUCCACAUGUUCAUAUGGCAUUUACCCUUCAUCUGAGAUAAACAGUUCUAACUCUAACCCUUAGGCUCUAGUAGUCCCUACUUCUUAUAGAAGGGUUUAUUACCUACUCUCUAAAAAAUAAAAAUCUUUCCUGAUUAUCUAGCAUCAGAAACCAUAAAUGCCAGAGUACUGUAAUAGCAGUUGAGUGCUAAAAGAUUUGGAAAAGAAAUGAGAAUAACAAAUAACAAACCUUUAAAUGUGGUACAGUAAGCCAAGGAGAGAAAUGUAUGGGGCUUCAGGAACAGACAAGUUGGGUGACACCAGACUGGUAAAGUGGAGUCAGGAAGUAGGCUCUGGCCAGUUAUAUGCAAAGUCUAGGUUAUAUAUAGUUUAUCCACCCUCCUGAUACAGUUCCCAUUCAGUGCCUUCUCUCAAUUUUCCUUUGGGCCUUCCAUCAUGAUCCCCUCCUCUUCCAAAAUGAUUUACAAAGUAUGUGGGGAUAGUAGUUAGCAUUUCUGGAUAUUUAGGGAAUUAUUCAAGUAAAAAAUGGGUUGGCAUUCUUGAGGAGGAGACGGAACCAAGAGAUAGAAUCAGGCAUGGGAGACUGGGGAAGAGGAAGACCAAAAAUCAAUCCUUCAGAUUAGGAAAAUUAGCUCUUCAUAAUGUGAAGGCUAGAAUUAAAGAGCAAUGAAACAUGGAGGUAGAACAGAGACUUGUUAAAGGCUCCAAAUGGGAUGCUAGGUUUGGCAAGGAUAGGGCCAAGAUACCUACCAGAAAGGCCUGGAUACUGUUUCCAGACUGCUUCAUCUUCCUGGAUCAGACCAACUUCUAGGCUUGCCUAGCCCCCAGGGGACAAGGAGUUCUGUGGGGAAAAAAUGGAUUUUUUUGGAGGGCAGGACAAUGAAGGUUAAGUGACUUGCCCAAGGUCACACAGCUAGUAAGUGUGUCA